UAACAUGCGGGUGCGCACCACCGAAAAGGGGGAAAACUAUUAAAAAUAUUGCGAAAACUCUGAGAACCACGCAAGAUUCCUAACAAUUCCCACAGAGAAUUUUCGAUUGUAACCCAAAAAUGGUUUGUCUACUUCUACUUUGCACUCUUCUCGUUACUUCAAUCGGCUUCACCAACAGUGUUACUUUCGUUGGUGAUGAUCCUGUGGUGGAGCUUUCGUUGGGCAAAAUACAAGGUGGCACCAUGCAGAGCUUCACAGGCAAGACAAUCUACGCCUUCAGAGGCAUACGAUAUGCCCAAUCUCCAGUGGGGCCUCUUAGGUUCACCAAUCCUCUUCCCGAAAAAGGUUGGGGUGACGAGGUGCUCAAGGCCACAAGCGAUUCCCUGGUUUGCCCACAACCAGGAAUUACCUUGUUUAUGAGUGAGGAUUGCCUGAAACUAAACGUUUUUACAAAGAACUUCGAGGACAAGCUGCCAGUGAUCGUUUACAUCCAUGGAGGAGCCAAUGUCCUGGGCAGUGGUCACAGUGUCUACGAAGGAGGUCCUCAAUAUUUGCUAGAUCACGACGUGGUCUUUGUGGCCUUCAACUAUCGUCUGGGAGCUCUGGGAUUUUUAAGCACAAACAGCAGCGAAUCGCUGGGAAACUUCGGCUACCUCGAUCAAAUGAUGGCUCUGGAAUGGAUUAGAGAUCACAUAUCUCACUUUGGUGGUGACCCCGAGCUGGUGACUAUUUUAGGAAUGAGUGCUGGUUCAAUGGCAGUCAGUCUUCACCUGGCCUCGCCCCUUUCCGCAGGUCUCUUCCAUCGCGCCAUCCUCAUGAGCGGCUCGGCCACCAAUCACUUUGAUAUCGAUAACCUUUUUUGGACACGUAAACUAGCCCGUGAACUGGGCUGUCCGAUGUUCGAUCCCACGGAUGUGGUGCAGUGUCUGCGUAAUGAGUCCUGGGCACGAAUUGUGGAAAUCUGCAAGGCCUGGGAAACACAUCAGUUUAUUAACAUGAAGUGGAACUACGAGAUCGACGGGCAUUUUCUUACAAAACAUCCCACGGAACUCAUUCAGGAGGGAAACUUUAACAAGGUGCCUUUGCUAAUCAGUUAUACGGCCAAUGAAUUGGACUACACCGCUAAUGUUCACCUGGACAACGAGCCUUUACUUCACGAUCUUGGUUCAAACUUUGUGGAGUAUGCCCCAGAGUUGUUUCUCUAUAGUCAAAAUAGAAUCAUUAGUCAACGACUGAAGUAUUAUUACCUGGGUGAUAAUAUUACCGAAAUUAAUGCAGAUAACAUUGAACAAUUUGGACGGAUCUUCUCUGAUGGAAUCAUAGGUCAUGGUGUCCAUCGCCUCGUCCACCUGGCCAGAUACUUUACUCCAGUUUAUCAUAUGCGCACGGAUUACGUGGGUGAGAGAAGUGUAUCAGCUCCUCUAAAUGAGGAUAAAAAGCCCCUGGGAGUGGGUCAUGCGGAUGAUCUGCAGUACGUGAUGCCGGGUCUUUGGUAUGGCUCUAUAAUGACAGAAGAUCACUCGGAUAUUUUCAUGAUGGAGCGUUUAACCAGCUGGUUUACACACUUUGCCAAAACGGGAACACCCCUUAACACCACCGAUAGCUGGCCGCCCUGCAACUCAACGGACCUGAAGAUGCUCUACAACGGGGUGGUGACCCAGGUGGGCUAUCCCGGCUACUCCGAUCGAUAUGGCGUCUGGGAAGAACUGUUUCCCCCGCCCACCAAGAGCGGAGGCGCUGCCUGGGAACUUGGCUUCGCCCUCCCCUUCGCCAUCGCCAUCGGGAAAUUAAUGUAGCAAUUAGGUGUGGAAAAAGCUUAUCAAUAGGCCGUUUAGAUUACGCUAAUGACCUUCGACCGUUUGCUCUUGGCUCGCUCUUUUCCGAAGCAGAGCAUUGCAACUAUUUACUUUG